AUGGAUUUUUAUGGUAAAAAAGAUGCAAAAGAAAUACUUUACAAUGAAUUAUUUGAUCCAUAUGAAUUUCCAGGAAAUUAUUCUAUUAAAUUUCUUAAUAAAAGUACGACGUUAAAUGAAAUUAAUAAUCUAACAAUACAAGCUCAACAAGCAAAUUAUUUUUGUAUUGAUACAGAAGGAGAUAAAUUUACCAAUCUUCCCGCUCUUAUUCAAAUUUCGUUCAUUUCUUUGUCGUCUGCAUCAAUUCCUGUUGUUAUUGUUGAACCUCGAUUUCUUCCGACUAUAACAUCUAAUCUUCGAUAUUCAUUUCAAAAAUUUUUCCAACAAAUAUUUCGAAAUGAUACACAUAUAUUUUGUUGGGGCGACCCCAAAAAUAUUUAUCUAAAAGAGAAACACNAUUAUCUACAACUACAUGCACCACGUUACGAUCCAGCAUUAUUACUUCCACCGCAUAUCUUCAACGAACAAAAAAUGACUACCCGUAAUUUAUGGAGCCUUCAAGACGCAGUUGUUUAUCUUUUAGAAAAAUAUUUAUCUAAAAGAGAAACACAUCAAAAAUGGUCUAUUGGUCUGGAUCCUCGUCUGCAAAAUACAAUUCCACAUGUACCAAUACGACAGCGAAAUAAUUUAAUUAGAUAUGCUUCGAAUGAUGUAUUAUCAUUAAAUGAAAUCAUUAUGUUUAUGUACAACGCCUCGAAUGUCAACAUCAAUACAUCACUUGGGGAGUACUUUCUUUUAUUAAAGAAAGAAUUUGCACCUUCAGUUUCUUCUUCUUUUUCAGCACCAAAACAAUUACAACAACAACAAAAAUGGUAUGAUUUGUUAUUUCAUGAUACAGAAAGUGAGGAUGAUGAUGAUGAGUUGGCUGGUCAUGUAGUUGAUGAUCGUCAAGUACCAUCAUCUACUCCUCUGGCAUUACCAUCACCACCAACACAAGAUGAACAUUUAUUAAACAAUUCACCAAUAACAAAUGAUCAUUCAUCGAUUGAACAAUUAACAACAAUAGGUCUUCUCCCAUCACAUGCAACAUUAUUAGUCGAACAACAAGUUCAUUUUCCAUCACAAGAUGUUAUUCCAUCUCUAGUUGCUGCAAUUUCAUCCCAGGAUAUACCAACAAAUCCACCAAAACGAAAAAGAAAAUCUAGAAGAUCUCGUGAAGCUCGUACAUAUCGAAAUCAAGAAUCAAGUCUACGACACCGACGAAACCGAUAUCGAUUUGAAUUACAACGCCAAUCAAACCUUUGUGUCAAUACAGUCAAACAUAUACUUCGCCAUUAUCAAAUCAAGUUCACCAAUGUUACACCUAAUAAAUCUGUCAUGCAUAUUGGAAUUAAAUCGCAAGACGAACAACAAUUAUAUGAACAAUUAUUACCACUUGACAUUUUUCUUUAG